GAGAAUAGCUGUGUUCACAGACGGUGACACAGUCUCAUUUUGAAUAUAUGUGAGGUACACGGUCGCAGAAAUUGGCUGUAGUGAGUGAGAUAGAAAAUUUACACUAACACCGGUGCGGUGCCCUCAGAAAUUCAUUCGCCGGUCUGACGAGAACGCGUAGAGACGAUAGAGGCAACGCGCGCAACGGAAUAAAUAUUAUAUAGUAAUUUUAUAGUUGAAAAACGAGAGCUAGUUGAUUUUAAAAAUGGUUGGGGCAAAACGUAGCCAGGAUCAAGAAGAAUCGCUUUUGAAGGAGAACGUAAUCAUUGUUGAUAUCGAGGGAACAACAACGAGCAUAAGUUUUGUUAAGGAAACACUUUUUCCUUACGUUAGAGAUAACGUUAAAACAUACAUCGACGCUAAAUGGGAUGAAGAAGAGUUUAAACGUGAUUUAGAAAAACUCAAAGAACAGGCCAAGCAAGAUGAGGAGUCUAAAACUGAAGGCCUUGUACCAAUUUCUGGUGCUAAUGUUGAAGAGGAAAAAGAUUCCGUGGUUAGAAAUGUGCUGUGGCAAAUGGAUAACGAUCGUAAAACUGGAGCCUUGAAACAGCUGCAAGGUCAUAUGUGGCGCGAAGCCUAUGAAUCUGGAAAAGUCAAGGGGCAUGUCUACGAGGAUGUUCCUGAGUGUCUUAAGUUAUGGACAAAUGCUGGCAAGAAAGUCUACGUGUAUUCCAGCGGAAGUGUUGAGGCACAAAAAUUACUCUAUGGACACAGCGAACACGGCGAUUUGCUUAAGUAUUUCAGCGGAUACUUUGAUACGGAAAUCGGAAUGAAACAAGAGGCUGAUAGUUACAAGAACAUUUUGACUCAAAUAAAAGCAGAGUCUACCGACGCCAUUUUCCUCACUGACAUUGUUAAGGAAGCUAAAGCUGCCAAGGAAGCUGGCCUUUCUACUAUUAUCAUGAUUCGUGAGGGCAACGGUCCACUGAGUGAUGAGGAAAAGUCUGAGUUUAGAACCGCCAAAUCAUUUUUGGAUUUGCCCUUUCUGAACUCUACUAAGCGCCAAAAGUUGGAUAGUGCAGAGAUGACAGAGAAGAAAGAAACUCCUAAGGAGGCACCUGUGAUAGGUGACAAGAUAGAGGUAUCGGAGGAUGUUGAAAUGACUGAUAUGAGUGAUAAGGAUUGUAAAGCAAAAGUUGAAAAUAUUGAUACAAAGGUGGAAAGCAAAACCGAAGAAACUAAAGAUACUUUGGUGGGAACAUCGACCUCAGAAGCUAACGUAGAAAAAGAUGAAGCCAUGGAUACUGAUGAUAAAUCUGAAACUGUCAAGAAAAGUAAUGACAAUAUUACAAAAAACGCUGAGGCAUUGGAAGAGUCAAAGGCUGAAAUAGUGGACAUUAAAAAGGAAAGUCCGGAUUCAUUAAAUGAGAGUGAGCAACCACAGGAAAUCCUGAAAGCUAUCAGCGAGGAUAAAGUAAGCACUAAGCCAGAAGAAACCCCAAAGAAGUUGAAUAUUGAUGAGACUGAUAAGGCAGUACUAACAGACAGCAACAAAAUUGAGGUUUCUGAGCAACUAAAUGAAGUGUCCGAGCAAAAAAGUGAUGCUACCAAGAAAAAUGAGACUGGUGCUGUCGUUGAUGAAACAAUGGAAGAUGCUAGUGCAACAGCAGAUGCCACGAAAGCUACAAAAGUUUGCAAUGUCACGACAGAGACUAAGACUGAGGAGCCUGAAAAGAAAUUGGAACUCUCAAAGGCUAAAGAAGAAACUGAGACUGAAAAUGCACAAAUUGAAUCAACAUCUACUGCAGCGGCAGAAAGCUGUAUCAAAAUUGAUUCACUACCUAACGAAACUGAAAAAACUGAAGCUAAAAUCACUGAUGAUAUGGUUGAAUCAGAAAAAAUUAAUAAACCAAAUGAAACUACAACGAAAUCAGAAGCACCUGUUUCAAACUCUGAUGGCAUUAUGGUGAAAGAAACACUGAAAGAAAAUGGAACUUCUAUGACAGAUGUGCCAUUGAAGGUUGAGACUGAGACUGCAGCUAUAGAAAAUAAGGACGCUCCUGAAGUAAAGAAGACUGAACCAAAGGUUGAUGAAACUGUGAGUGAGUUGAAAGAAUCUGAAACUAAAAGUAAGGAUGAAAUUAAACAGGAAGCUAGUGAGGUCACGGAAGCAAAGAAAGAGGAUGAUACUAAGGACAACAAGGUUGGUGUAAAAUCUGUAGAAGAGAAAGCAGACAAAGAAGAAGUGAAAACUGAAACGACAAUGGUAGCUUCAAAUGGUGGUGCGUCGAGCACAGUAGAACCUAUCAAAAAAAUUAAUGGCACGACACAGAAUGGAGAUUCUGCCACGUCCGAUGAAACUUCAAAAGUACAUACGAAUGGAGUGAAUGAUGCCUGUGCCAGCAACUCCGCUGAUACCAAAACGAAUAAGGAGGCUUCCCCACAAAAGAGAGAAUCUGAGAGUUCAGCUGAUACCAGUGCAGAAUCAAUCAAAGUAAAAAAAGUUGUUGAUUCUACAGUGGCGGAUGGCGCUGGAGAACCCGAUGUUGUUCCGCCUGUAGUUGUGGCCGCGACGUCCUAAUCUCGUUUUCAUAAAAACAACAAUUAUCUUAAAAUAUAAACUAUAAAGUUGUCUCCCCACGUCCUAAUAAAUCGCCAUUUAAUAAUAACGUGGUAACUUUUAAGAAAUAGCUCAUAGAAUUAUUGUUCCUUGGAUGAAAAAGAAAAAAAAAGUAUGUUGUAAGUUGUAUCUCAGACUCGAUCAUCUUCUGGUAUGUGAAGAAAUAAUUCAUUCCGCGUUUCAAUUCGAUUUUUUCUGAAAGGAAGCGUUUACAUUCAUGGUUCCCAAUCCCAAUGAAAUGUAAUGUUUUAUACUUGUACAACGUAAGCCUACAAAUGAUCGAUUUUGUCAUGCACUUCGCACAAUCUACGUACAUUUGUUCCAGUUCUUUUACAACGAGCAUUGUAGACGUUGGAUAUACUUUUUUUUCAACACUGUCGUCACAGAAUUAACUUAAAGAUACAAGUACAGAUAGGCUAACAAUAAGUCAUAGUUGGAGUAUCCUAUACCGAAUAUACUCUGUGCCAAAUGAUAUUAUCCUGUCCUUUGUCGACUUUUCAAAUAUUUGUGAGAUAGGAAGCAUCAUAACAUCUUCUUUACGUUUCUACUACUAUGUCCUGCAAGUAUCAUUUUACUAUGGAUAUUUUUGAAGACUGAUUUGAUGACACAGCGUUGUGCCCCUUGCAAAAACGACAAAGUAUUGUCUAUUGCGUUUAGUGUACUUAAGAAGCUUUAGGGCGUGGACCAGAUUACAGCGAAUUCCUUUGCUUUUAUCUCACUUAUUCUUAUUAUUUUUGGUACAGUUUCGAGUAUCAUGCCACUAACAUUUUCGAUAUAAUGUAAGUAACCCAAACCAGUGAAACAAUAUCGUAAUUUCAAUUCAAUCAGUCGAUUUGUGGUAUUGAACUGUAGAUUGUAGCUUGACAGAGAUUGAAUGAAGUUGGGCGAUUGUACUUCAUCAGAUUCUGAGGGUAUAUGUUUAUUUAUUAUUACUUUUAUCAAUAAAUUAAUUGACUGUGAUCUAAAAAUAAUGCGGGCGUAGGUAUUGAACGGAUAUCUAUCGCUGUUUGAAAUAAAACAAAAUUUGAAGCUGCUGCUGCUGCUCUCUGUUCUUCUGGAGAUGCAUCGCACUACGAGAAUUGCUCACUAGCCGUUGAUUAUUCCAACACAAAAUAAAUUUUGUUCAGAUUUUACAAUGCAUGACCAUGUUAUACAUUAUUUCGUGACAACAGAAGUUUGUAACAGUAUUUGUUGCAACUUAUUAUCCUUUCUUAUGUUAAUUUUACUCACUACGAAUGUUAGUUUUUAAUAAGAAUAAUUUCUUUUAUAACGUAUAAAUGUGUGCGGCUUGAAAUUGAUAAGACUGCGUUUUUUUCGGCUUCUAUUAUCGGGAUUCAUUAGUUUGAACUUUUUUGAGACACGUCGCUAUGACUUGGAGUUGAACUCAAAAGUAUAAACUUGGAACUGUACCAAAAACAAUAUCAUCUUAGACUUAUAUAUCAAUGAAACUACAUUUUUGCCAUAUUGAUGUUUAGUGUCCGGAUGUGCGUUUAAGAAUAUGAGAUGCGAAUGCUCAUCAAACUAUCUUUAUAUAAUUACUUCCAUUCCCAGUACUUCUAAUUAUUGAUUAUAAUUUUUCUUGCAUUAUUUGUGUUACAAUUCACCCUAUUUGAUUGCUUUCAACAUUUGUUAAUGUGUCUAGCUGCAUCAUAUUACAUUUUGCUUACGAAUAUUUCCUUCCAUAUUAUAUACUAUUGCAUGUUAAUCAUCACCGAACCGAUCAUAAAAAAUCAUGCAAUGCAGAUGUUUAUAUAUCUGACAUGCGAUAAGAAGAAGAGACGAUAAUUUUGGUCAUUUGGAAAGUCGAUUUGAUCCUUUAUUUAAUUAAGACCUACAUCUAGUUUAUGUAGACAAUGCGCAAUAAUCAGCUCAUAUUCUUUCUAGACCUUUUUAUCUGUAUAUAUAGAAGAUUUCAUUUAGCAGUCCUUUUUUGCCAACGACAUACGAUUCAAUCCAUACAAAGAUACUACGAUAACGUUAUUGUUGUAAAAUAAUGCGUUUAAUGUAGAGCAACGACAGGUGCAGGUCUUCUCUGGCUGACUUUUCACAACAUCGUUUCAAUCAUCAUUCCAUAUCAUUCAUAUAAUGUUUGCGUCAAUGGUCAAAGGUCAUUGUGGAUGUCGUCGCUCUAUGAUUAAAAACAUGUAUGCUCAACCGUGACUCAAUUUUCACCUAAACGACUAUUAAUUAGAAAUGAUUCGUUAGUUGUCUAAGUUUCUAAAAUAUCAAAAAUAAAAAUUUUUAAGUUAUCACAUGAAUUUUAUUUUGACUAUCGUUCAUUAAAUCAUUGCACCCAUAUUAUACGACCAUAUGAUGGAUAAAUAUUCAUUUAACGUGAAACCUUUACCACAUUUUAUCAUAUACAUUAAUCAUCGAGUUCUAGAAUUAAGUUGAGCUUCAAGUACAUCCUCGUACAGCAGUAUUACGUUGUUUUUUUACCAAACCUUUUGCGUGUGCCGUCGAUCUGAAUGAAUUCGGAUUGGGCUCACAAUCAGAAUCAGAUCUCGUAAUACAGUCGAAACAAAUGUUCCAUUACGAAGUUAUGAAACUUCUACUCUGAGUUCGAGGACAGUGCUUUAUCCAAUUUCUUUAGAUGUAAUGAUGUGGUUUCAUUCUGGAAGUGUCAUUAAAAUAAUCUCAUUCGCAAUUUGUCACAUGGAAGUGUAGAAAAAGUUUAUCAACGUUCUAUCCAUUAUUUUGAUUUCAUUGUAACUCAAUUAAUCAACUUAUUAGAAAUAUCAUGUAAGUCGUAUCACUUGAGAUUGUUUAAUUGUACGAGAACGUUUUUUCUAAUAAAAAUCAAGAUGCGUAUUGCAA